GCCGAACUGUGGUGGGUGAUGGAGGAGCGGCGGCGGUUGCUGCCGUUGUGGCUCCAGAGCUUGGCGUUGUUUUGGGGCCGAGCCAGCAUAGGGCUGGCGCAGCUCAGCACCACGGCUCCGCCAGCACCGGCACAGGCAUGUUCAGAGUUUUCCCAGAAGUCCUGUGAAGAAUGUUUAAAAAAUGUUUCAUGCCUUUGGUGUUACACCAACAACACGUGUAUUGAUUACCCUGUAAGAAGCAUUCUUCCACCAUCUUCAUUAUGUUCUCUCUCAAAUGCUCGAUGGGGAGUUUGCUGGAUAAACUUUGAGGCUUUAAUUAUUGCCAUAGCUGUGGUAGCUGGGCUCAUUCUGGUGUCCGUAGCAGUCUGUUGCUGUUACUGCUGUUACUGCAGAAGGCGUUCCAGGAGUGGACCAGAUGAAGAAGAAGAACAGCUAGGUAGAAAGAGAGAGGAACGAAGAUUACAGUCUCUUCAGAGGAAACAUGAAAGAAAACUGAAGCAUGAUGAAAUACGCAAGAAGUAUGGUCUUCUCCAGGAUUCUGAUAAUCCAUACAGCAGAUUUGAGAAUGAAUAAAGCUGAGCACCUUCCACUAGAGCUGUACCUCCAGAAGAGCUGUACCUCCAGAAUGCCGGAAGAUAAUUUGUUUUCUUUUGCCUUUUGGGCUUUCUUUUGCUUUUUUUUCCCCCAGAAAAUGUCAUUUGGUUUUCUUUUUUUUUUUUUUUGUUUUGUUUUGGGUUUGUUUCCCGGUUGUAAAACCAGGGUUGGAUAAAGACUUCAUGAAAUACAUGUUUCUGUCUUCUAUCUAUGUAGAACUAAUAUUUUUAUAAAUGCUUUGGUUGUUGAAAUGUUGGCUGAUUAUUUUUUUUUUCCUUUAUGGUGAUGUUUAAGUGUGAAAUACUAUUUUUCCUCCUCUUAAAACUAUAUUUUAUUACUUGAUGUAGAUAGCUGAUAGGCACAAUCACAUGCUUGCAUUCAGUCUUAACUGCCACUUAAAACACUUGUUGCCAUGUUCCUAAUAUUUCCCUACUGUAUCUUUUAUUUUUAUGAAAAAAGGCAAUAUGGAAGCACAGCUUCACGCAGCAGAAAUAGCUGUUGUUGAUAUUGAUGAGAAAAUAUACCAGGCACAUUCUUCUGUGCUACCAUAAUGUGAGAAUGCGAUGGAGGUUUUUUUCCCCCUCUGGAAAAAGUUCUUCAAGAGUGUAAUGUCUAAGGGUUGAGAGAGGGGAGCAUAUUUGUCUCUGAAUUUUUCAAAUUCAGUUGUAGAAAUACUAAUACAUAAUGAUGUGAAAAAGAAAUUCCUGUAGUUAGCAAAAUUGGAAGAAGGUCACUCUUGAAAUAAGCAUAGUUAUGUGUGCCUGAAUUCAAGCAGAAGCAUCAGUCUGUGUGAACACUUUCUUUCUUCAGUAAGCUUAAUAUAUAAUUAACCAAAAAAAAUGUUGCCAGAUUCUGCAUUUAACCAGGGUUAACCCUGGCCACCCUGGCUGAGCACCACCCAGCUGCUUGCUCCCUCCCUCCACUGGGAUGAGGGAGAGAAUGGGAACAGUGAAAGUGAGAAAACUCUUGGACUGAGGUAAAGACAGUUUAAUAAGGGAAGAAAAGGAUAGGAGGAACAAGGCAGUCACCACCUUCCAGAUGUAGGCCUCUGCCUCCCCUGCCAUCAAUUUUUGUUGCUGAGCAAGAUGAUCUGUAGCCUGGAAUCUGUCUUUGGUCAGUUCUGGCCAUCUGUCCCAGCUGUGUCCCCUCCCAGCUCAUUGCCUACUUGCUGGAGCAGGCACAGUAGGAACAAUGAAACAUCGAUGCUGUGCAAGCACUGCUCAGCAAAAGCCAAAGCAUUGGUGUGUUAUCUGCACUAUUCUAGCCACAUAUCCAAAGCAAAGCAGCGUACAGGCUGCUAUGCAGAAAGUUACCUCCAUCCCACCCAGACCCAGUACAGUAGGAAAGCAGUAUUUUUGUAACCUUUCAUUUUUUUUGAUAUUUCCGUAAUGUGAUUUAUUUCCUGUCUUUCUUUUCAUAGAGAUGGUUAAUUGAGCCAUGUUAGUAGCUUACCAGUAUGACACAACAAGCAAAGAGCUUUUCUCCAUCUUCAGUGCAAGUUCCCAUUUAUUCUGUACACUUUAAAUAACCUUCCUUGCUGUAUAUUAUCCAUUGAAAAAAUGUACAAUAUUGAAGAUGUUAAUGUUAUUUUUAUCAACAUUCCUAAAAUAAAUAUUUAACAUGUUAA